GCAGCGAGUGCCGGCCGCUCCGAGGGCUCCCGCGGCCCGAGGGCUCCCGCGGCCCGCGGGCUCUAGUGCUCCGAGACCUCCCGCCGUCCGAGUUCCCCCGUGGCCCGGGGUCUCCGCCCCCACCAUGCGGCCGAGGAGUCCUGGGCUGUUCCUGCUGUUACUCUGUGGCCUGCGAGCUGAGAUUCAAGAAGAAGAAGUCAGAGCGAUGGUGGGCAGUGAUGUCUGGCUCAGCUGCAUUUACCCUAAAGGAAACAGCUUCGAUUUAAAUGACCUUUAUGUUUACUGGCAAAUCAGCGUGCCGGGCAAACGGAACGCCAACUCUGUGGUGACUUACUACCUCUCGGGAAACAGCUCUGCCGGCCAUGGUAACAACCACUACAGGGGAAGGGCCCGGCUGUCCCUGGACAGCAUGAAGCAGGGCAACUUCUCGCUACACCUGCACAAUGUCACCCCCCGGGACGAGCAGAAGUUCAACUGCCUGGUGUUUCGGAAAUCCUUAGAAUUAGAAAAGAUUUUGGAAGUCACGGUCACGCUAAACGUGGCAGCAAACUACAGCACGCCAGUGGUCAGCGGCCCAUCCCAGGACGAGGAGCUCAUCUUCACGUGCACGUCCACGAAUGGCUACCCGCGGCCCAACGUGUACUGGAUCAACAAGACGGACAACAGCCUGCUGGACGACACCCUGCAGAACAGCACCGUGUCCCUCAACGCACGGGGCCUGUACGACGUGGUCAGCGUCCUGCGGGUCGGGCGGAGCCCCACCAUCGACGUGGGCUGCUGCAUCGAGAACGUGCUUCUUCACCAGAACCUGACCAGCGGCCAGACAGAAAUGUUCAUGGGAACCAAGGACAGCAUCACAGAGGACCCAGUGGACGACACCCAAGAUGCGGUGAACUGGCCGGUUCUCAGUGUCCUUGCCGUGCUGGCCGUGGCCAUGGCCGUGGCCGUGGCCACGGGCUGGCUGUGCAGGAGGAGGUGUCCCUACAGAAGCUACGCAGGCGCCCAGGCUGCGAGGCCGGAGCUGGAGCUCACGGGUCAGUUUGCCAGGAGGGAAGGAGAGCCUUGGAGGAAGCGCGGGUCCACGGGCUCGGGCGAGCUGGGCGCUCCACUCUCUCUGUGCCCGCCGUUCAGCACGGGUGCUACUCGAUGACCAGGAAAUAGGCCUUUCCACUUUCAGAGACGGUGAAACCCCAAGUGAAGGCCUGUCCCCCUGGCCUUCCUUGGCGUGUAAGCCCGUCCUCUUGCUGACAUUGUGCUCUGGGAUUUUCCAAACGUACAGCUACACGUACAUGUCAGCAGAGAGCCUGGGACCACAGCCCCGCUGCCCCUCCCCAGCUGCCCGGCCCGUCCUCCCGUUCUCCCUCCGUCUCAGCCCCACGGGGUUGAGAUGGGGGGCGGGGCUCUCCAGCAAGGCCAGACCCUUUGUGCGGGCACCUCACCGUCCCAGAGCAAAGGUCAGAGUGAGUCCCACCCCAGUUUGGGAAAGUAGCCGCACGCAGGGCCUUCGGUUUCGGCUUCCCGCCGGCAGGUGCCUCGGGCUGCCAGGGCCUUCGUGGUCGGGCCGGCAGGCUCCACACCUGAGGCCAACGACCACGCCUCUGAGCCCCAUUUCUCCAGCUGUGAGAAGGGUCGUCAGGGGAGGGUGGGCCCGAGGUGAGCACCACCCACGCGGCGGUGCCCGCCCACCUGUUCACCCAGGCGAUUCCGGGGCACGCGGCUGCCUGGUGCCGCAGCAGGCUCCCUCCCGAGGCCACUUUCAGACGGUGCGGGACACAGCUUGCUAAAGAAUCCGGGCCUGCUGACCUGAGAGUCCGACGGGGCGCCCGUCUGCAGGCGUUUUCAAGCCUGUUUUCACCGUCCUGCUUCCUGAGCCAGAAUGAGCUGAGUCUGUGCUCACGGCCCUCCCUCCUCUUUCCUUCCAAGAGCACGUGGUGUGACGAGGGCUCCCCAGGAUGUGCCUCCAGCGGGGACGUCGGAUGGCAGCUUGCGAAUUGACCCGGGCAGGCUGGGCAGAGGACGCCGUCUGCGCCCGUGUUGGGGGCUGCGCGGACGCUGGGCCGCCUGGCCUUGCGGGGACACGUGGGCGCCCCCCGGAGGGGCCACGCUGACCCCGGGGAGCACGUGGCGGGCACGGCCCUGACCCUGGCAGCACUUUCAGAGGGUCGGCACCUCCUCGGGGAUGCACGUGCCCCCAGGUAGGUGGGCUCCCCACCUUCGCUGCCAAACACAGGACCAGAAAAGGCUUGUGACGGCUCCCUUUCCGCCACCAGCCCCCGAGAGCCUGCAGCGCUUCUCAGCAUCCUGGAGCGGACGGGCUUCUGAGGCCACUCUCUUCCGGGAUGGCCAGUGCUAGGCCGUGUUCGCUCCAGGUGCAGGGGCCACGUGCUGGCUCUGCUGGUCCGUCUCCUGCCCCACCUCCGCCCCGAGGACCCGGCGUCUGUGCACACGUGUCCUGAAGCACUGAGCGGGCGGCACCGGAAAAGCCCCUGGAAUUCGUGUCCCUCCAGAACGCUCCCUGGGAGGAAAACCCGACCUCAUUUGUUUUGGUCAAAAGCUAGGUUUCCCUCCUCAAAAACACGUUGAAAAAACAAACAAACAAAAAAAACCACAGUGGAAUUCUGGGAGAAGGUCUGUGCUGGGCGGUGCAGCUGGGCACGGUGGCCCAGGGCUCAGGCUCCGCUGCAGGGAACAGACAGGCAGGGCUGGGACACGCGUCUCCAGCAGACACCCGCAUGGACAGGUGACCGUCACGGUCCUUCAAACUGGGGCCGUGAGUGGACGGUGGGCGGCCUUCCGGCCGCAUGGCAGCCUUUCUUCAAACGCAGCAGCAAUUCCCUCGAAUCUUGCUGGGCAGCCCCUGCCGGCCCCGCACCGUCACCCAGGGCCCCUCGCGGGCCUCCCCUGGGGACCUGCACGGUCGUGACGGAGAUUUCACCUCACGUGCCGGGUUCCUCGGAGCCCACCGGGCCCCCUGGGCGACUGGAGUGGGGCAGUGGCCAAGUCCACGGAGGUGGCAGCCCGACGCCCUGACCCUGCCCAGGCGGUUUCCGUGUUGAUUCCUGGAUUGCAUCUAGCAGUUCACUGUUUCCAGAAGGUUCUGCAAAGGUGGCUGCCAGGUAACCCCGGUGGGCACGCCCCCAGGAAACGGGUCUGUCGCCCCUGUGGUCAUUCAGCACCGACGGGCACGUGAGCCCUGCACUCCCCAGACCCAGACUCGCAGCAAACUCAACAAGGCCGGCUCAGCGCGGAACCUGAGCCAACAGUGUUCCCAGAAAUGGCGCGUGUGUUUGUCUGUUUUUGUACCAAAGAGCCUUCACGUGGCUUUUAAAUAGGUGUGAUGAGGGAUCCACACAGACUUUAGCAUGAAAGCAUUAGAAGACCAGUGUGGCUCCUCAGAGUGACAGGAGGUGACUCGUGGCAUCGCGAGCAGGAAGCCCGAGGGGCCCUGGAGUGCAGCAGGAGGGGUGCGCCCGUGGUCGCAGGCCUGUGCCCACGGCUGAUGUGACACCAGGACAGGUGCGCCUAGGGGCCUCUCCGCCGUCCUGCCGGAGGCCCAGCCUGCAGACCCUGAGAGGCCCCUGGAGCUGGUCGGGGCGGGGGUCUCAGCCCAGCAGGACGGGGCAGCCGCAGGGAGACUGAGCGUGCUUCCAGCUUUCCUAUCAGAAGGGGUUUCCUUCCUGGGGAAGCGGCUAGGCCGGCCUCCCGCUCAGGCCCCGUGACGCGGCCGCCCGGGGCUCUCCCCGCACGCGCUCGCGGGCUCUGCCUGGACCCUGGGCUCCCGGGCGGUCGAGACCACGCCCUCCAGGCUCCGGACCCCGGGUCAUCACCUCCCCGCUGGGCCCCGGCGGACCCUCGCCGCUCCCUCCGGCCUCUGGGGCCACGAGGGCGCACUCUGCCCAGCUCGCACGGCUCACCCUUGGCCUGUCCACCCCGGGAGCCGCUGCUUGCUCCUCACGCUAUGUCGUGGACGGUGUGCGAGUGCCACGUUUUGACGUUUCUGGAAGCCUGGAUUUGGAGAAUACAAGCAGUCGGCGUGCCUGCGUCUGGCCGCUUUGGUCAGCGUGCGCGUGGGCUCGGUCCACUCAGCCCAUCCUGACUGCCGUCGGGGACCCUGCCCCUGCCCCGUCCGUCCUCACCCGGGUGGCCCCGCCCCCCAGGCGACAUUGGUCCGUGUGGAGGCAUUUGGGUUGUCACUCUUGGGGGUUCCUACUGGCUUCUAACGGGCGGAGAGCGGGACGCUGCUCGACGUCCCACCACGGACGGGGACCCAGAGGUCAGCGGCCCGAGGGUGAGGAUCCCGUGUCACCUUCCCGGGGAGGGCGGGGCAGCGAGCCGCGGUCCCCGUCCCCGUCGCACGGGGCACAGGAGAGGUGACUCAUGGCUCAGGGCCAGGCCCGGGGAACGUUCCAGGUCAGGGGCCAGCCAGGCGCAAGGGUCCGAGGUGCUGGCACUGCCGUGGGGGCAGAGGCCACCUGGCCGCCCCAGCAACCGGAGUCCUGGCCUCUGGGGCCCCGUGGCCCCUGCCCCCAGCGCCCUGCUCGCGGAGCUGCGCAGUGAACACCCAUCAGGGAGGCGGAGCCAGGCCGGCAGAUGGAGGCUCGUCUCGAGGGCAGGGGACAGAAGGGAAGUAGCAGCCGCAUGACCAGAGCGCCUCACCCUCCCGCAAGGUGAGAAGGCUGGAGCCAGGUUCUGCCUGCAGCUCGGACCCUCCCCGUGACCGCAGCCCGCACCCUGGGGAGGGCAGCCGAGGCUCCGGGAACCUCAGGAGAAGGCACCCUGCUCUGCCGCUGCCCGGCGGGGCCCCGGUGCUGUGACGCUGGACGCUGCCCGGCGCGGCCCUGGUGCUGUGACGCACUGCAGCCCAAAGAUCAUCUGGGGCUGAAGGGGGCAGUCUUGCCCCCCUAGGGUGGCCUUCCUGGCCCACAGCCGUCCUGCCUGCCCCGACGACGUGUCCGUUCUCCGGCCCUGACACAGCUCCGCCCCCUGGAUCCCCAGCUUCCCGGUAACGCUUCCAGACUCCCGAGUCCCAAGGGGAGAGCCUCUGUAGUUACUGGUAAACAUGUCACGGUUUCCCUGAAUCCGUGUUGGUCCUUCUGUCAUCAGGGAGAAGCAAGAGGCUGGGGUCUUCAGUGUCGGGAAUUCAGGGGCUAGUCCCAGUGACCAGAGGUGCGGCCCACCCUGAGCUCUGGGGAGGGGACUUCUGGCACACCCCUGCUGGGAGGGUACAGUAAACAUUUCCUGGGGGGGGGGGAUGGGCCCCGCAAGACCGACAUUGACAAAGCUGCAAGGCCCAAGAGGUGCACAGGCCCCUGGUCAGCCAGCCCGUGUCAGGGCCAGACGCAGGGCCACACCAGGACCCAAGGCUCCAAAGGCCCCGAUCUGGGUCUUGGGGGAGUGACCAAGGAGUGUGCAGGCCAGGAACCGACCAGGAUCCUCCUCCCCGCCCCCGCUGCCCUCCCUCCUCACCUUCCUGGCCCUUCUCUACCCCCUUACACUGUCCUGUGGCCCGA